CUCCCGCUGUUUGUCAAAAACAUCAAGAAGAAGAGUCGGCUUCCAUUAACAGUCUGCUGUGGCUAGGUCAAUGUUAGCUAGGUAACAGCAAUGGUUGUUCUCUCUGUUGGAUAUUUCCCUCCUUACUAACUCGACAUGGGCAAGAGAGACAAUAGAGUGGCUUACAUUAACCCCAUUGCUGCUGCACGAGCCAGGGGACCGGCACAGAACUCGGGGCCAUCCAUACAAGAUUAUUUAAGCAGACCCCGACCAACAUGGGAAGAGUUAAAGGAGCAGCUGGAGAAGAAGAAGAAGGGCUCUCGAGCCCUCGCCGACUUUGAGGACAAAAUGAACGUUAAAUGGAGGAAAGAACUGGCGAAAAACCGAGAAAAGCUGUUGGCUGGAAGCGACAAAGAGAAAGACAAAAAGACAACAGACAAGGAAAAAGAGGAGAAGAAAGAGAAAAAAGAGAAAAAGAAGAAAGAGAAGAAGAAAUCCAACAGGCAUUCUUCAUCUUCCUCCUCCUCAUCGAGUUCUGAUUCCUCCAGCAGCUCCUCCUCAGAAUCUGAAGACGAAGAUGAAAAGAAGAGUGUGAAGAAAAAACGUAAGAGAAAGAAGUCAUCGGCCAGGAGGGCAUCAGACAGUUCAGAGGAAGAAUCUGAUUCUGAAAUCAAGAAGAAAAAGAAAAGAAUCAAGGAAGAAGGGGAGAAAGAUAAGGAUGACAAGAGCCGUAAAAGGAAGAGGAAGGCCGAGCGAAGUUAUAAAGACUCAUCUUCAGAGUCCUCUGUGGACUCUGAGGGGGAGGAGGUAGCAGAAGCCAAGAAGAAAAAGAGAAGUAGCGAAGAAAAGGAGAAAAUCACAGACAAAUCCAAGAAGAAGAGGAAAAAGAAGCACAAGAAACACGGGAGAAAAAAGAAAAAGAAGGCAGCAUCUCAGUCAGACACAGAGCUCGACUAACAACCGUAGCUUUACGGUUCUCUCGUCCUCCUGACAGUUCACUAGUAGUGUUAUUUUUGCCUUUUGAAUUCUAAAAACUUCUCCCAUCCAGCGCUGGUCAUCACGCUUGACCAUCAGACCUACAGACUUGCAAUGCUGGGGUUCUGUGAGUGAAGUGAAAUGGAGGGGAGGCACCCAUCCCUCUCAGUGGCAACUACUGGUACAUAUCUUCCGUUGAUUCUUAUCACCAUGCUUUUUGUAGAUAAUUGUUCCUCGAGUUACACUCAACAACAGGACUGACGUGAAUUCCACAUAUUUUUUUCCUGCCUUCAUCUUGAAGAUUUAAGUGUGGCCGGCACUUUCACCUCCAGCGUGCAGGCCCUCUCGGAUUUAACUUCCUCCGCUUCAAACCCGUUAUCCUAACGUUUCUAGUUGCUAGAUGAGGCUGUUAUGCUAGUGCCUGCGUCAUGCAUGUAGACCCGAUGUCUCGCCAGCCUCAUAUUGAAGUUGGACUUAUGAUAAGAAAUGUGAGCUACACAGUCAACAUUUAUACAAGGGAUAUUUGUUCUAAAUUGUUACACUGCAGUGUAAAUGUACAAACAAUGGGAAUUCAUUAAUAAAGUAUUGUUUUAGCCUUUU